UUUCUUUUCUUUUCUUUUCUUCUCCUUUUCUUAUCCCUCAACCACAAACCAUGGCAAAAACACCCUUCCUCUUCCUCUUCACCACGCUACUCGUUACCUCCUCUCUCGCCGAAGCUCCCUCCGGUUCCCCCGCCGCCACUCCCACCGCUUCGCCGCCACAAGCCUCAGCUCCCAAAGCUUCUCCAUCCACCGCCCGCAAAGCUUCUCCUCCCAAAGCCUCUGCACCCACCGCCUCUUCCCCCAGCCCUUCCACCACCGCCACCAACGCCUCUUCUCCCACCGCCACCAACGCCUCUCCUCCCACCGCCACCAACGCCUCUUCUCCCACCGCCACCAACGCCUCUUCUCCCACCGCCAGCAAGUCCACUUCUCCCGCCUCUGCCCCCACCGCCACCCCACCGAAGGCCUCCACUUCUCCGGAGUCUUCUCCACCGUCUCCUUCCACCUCCGCCUCCACCUCCACCGAAUCCCCAACCGAAUCCCCAACAGAAUCUCCCCCUUCUCCCGACGCCGCCGAUUCCCCCGAUUCCGCCGUUGCGUCCAGUCCCGCCGUCUCCAGCGAUGGACCCGCGGGCGGUCCCUCUGCAGAUUCUCCCGUCAGCGUGGCUUCCCACCGCAGAGUCUCGCCCGCCGGAUUUGUGGCCGUGGUGUUGUUCGGCGCCGUGGUCGGGUUGAUGGUGUAGAAACCCGUCAGUUUUGCAUGGUUAGGGUUUACUUUAUCGUUGGUUCGAGGUUGUGAGUUGGAUUUAGAAAGACAGCGAAGACUCGUUUUUAUUAUUUUGAUUCUUAUUAACCUCAUGUAAUGUUGAUAGUGACUUUUGGGAGAUCUUCAAAAGGGUUCAUGUACUCUAUGAAAUUGAUACUACCAUCAUAUUAUUUAUUAUCAAUUUAUCCAUCUUUUUCUUCCCUCUAA